CUAAAAGUUCCCAUUGUCCCCUCGUUAUUCAUCAACAAAAGUAUUGUUUAAUUAAAAAAUCUAAAAAAGAGCUGAAUUCAUCAUAAAUAAAAAUGGAGAGACGUCCCAAAAAAGUCGAGGACUUUUAUCACCACUAUCCCCGCUCCAACGACUGGGCGGUGAGCUUCACCAACAACAAGCAACUCCCCCCGGAACAACUGAAACAGUACUUCUCCAAGUGGGGGACAAUAAAAAACGUGAGGCAGACUGGGACCUCAGGCGCUGGUUACUGCUUCGUGCACUUUGAGACUGAGGAGAGUGCACGUAAUUGUGCGAUAGACAUGAAGAGUAGUUUCAGCAUUAGACUGCGUCCCUUCCUGGAUCGUCCACCCUUGUCAAGUCGCAGGGAGGCAGAGGAUACAGGACUCGAUGGUGAGGAGCUGGAUUUUUCAUUCAAGAAGAGAGAGCAAAAGGAUCAAUCGAGAAUCUGCGAUGAGAAUAAGAAGAUUGAGGACAAAUCGAAUGAUUCAGGCAUUCGUGAGGAGAUCAAUGACUCGAAUAAUCAGCAAAAAAUCGAUGGAAAAUCCUCGAAAUUGAAUGGUCAAGGGCUUGAGCCAAUCGAAGCAGCUGUUGCUCGUCAGAAAAUCCUGAAUCGUCCACUGGAAAUCAAGGAAAACUCUGAUUAUUUGAUGGUAUCAUCGAAUAAAACGAAUGGAUUGACGUCUACGUCACGAGAGAUGAAUGGAAUAUCUAAUGGUUCAACUUCAUCCACCUCCAGGGAACAUUCUGAGCCAUCUGAGAAGAUCCUGAAGUACUCCGGAGCUUCCCCCACCCCCAGAAGGCAAUCUUCUCAAGGGGAAAUUCCUGAAUUACGAGAAGCGUCAGAAGUCCUUGGGGCCUCGGCAUCAGGAGCUGUCGUCAGACCUAGUGAUCACGUGGAGUCUGUCACAGCUGAAGAGGUCGUCGUGGCCAACAUCCCUGAGUCCUGUGGGAUUCAUCUCAUCCUGGAUCUGUUUCAGCAGUUCGAGCCCAUCUGUGCAACGAACAUCAAGCUGAUUCGCCAGAAUUUCAUUCGCUAUUGUCAUAUUUACUUUCAAACACCUUUCGCUGCUGAGGCUGUCGAGACUAUCUAUGAUAAUGCUGAGAUUUAUGGGAAGAAGCUCAUUGUUCUGCGGGUGGAGAGCUUGGAGGAGGCGGCGAGGGCUUAGGUCAGGAUGCAAGGGCUUUAUUUUAUUCGUGUAUGGAAAAGUUUAUGAAAAACACAGCACUUUCGUCGUGAAAUUUUGUUUGAACUCUGGAAAGGUUGUGUUGAAUAAGUCUGUUGGUGUUUUGGGGCAUUUUUUAGUAGAUAUUUAGUAGAAAAAGUCAAUGAAUUGUUAUUUUUUAUAGAAAAUUCUUAAGCGUUAAUUUUUCCAAGUUUUUUAAUUUGUUUUUUACAACAAAAUUCAGAAACGAAUAGCUGAAAAAUUCCUUAUAAAAUUAACAAUAUGCAUAGACUUUUUUCUAUCAGAAAAUAUCAUUUUAAAAAUUGCAUGAUUU